AUGAGGUCCGGCCUGCUGAGGGCGCUGCAGAGCGCCAACAUCACUAUCAACACACAGAUCAACAGGCACGCGUGGGUAAGCUGGAUCUUCGUCUACCUCGCAGAACUCAUCUUCUUCACAGCCUACCGGUUGAGCAACCUCAGCGAUCUGGUCAAGUCGUCGGCGUCACCUGAUGAAGACGCGACUGCAGUUCGAGUUUAUGGAGUUCUACUCGGUAUUGUCCAGGACUUUGUCGUUAUCAGCGUUUUAGUUGUGGUUCUCUCGGGCUUCGACGCGACUAUCAAUCGAUCGUCGUGUUGCAACGACACAGCGCCGAACGGGUGCCUCGACUGCUUCACGCAUGGAAUCCCCUUCCUAUCGCGGAUGAAGCUGGUGUUCAAGCGUUUGCUGCGGUUUUGCGUCGUCUACGUGGCUUGUUUGCUGUCCGUGGCAUUAUUUUCGCUGGAUGUGGUGACUGUGCGGAGUUAUCGUCGACGAUACGAGUUCGGCUGGGACUCGAGAGAUGAAGAGAUUGGAGUCAUCGCGGCAGUGAUUUUGGUGUGGUUUGAUCUCACAAGGUGGACGCCUCUUAACUCUGCGGAGAAAUGGAGGAGCAGACGCAACCAAGGACUGCCAACAGCGAUCAAUUCUCGAGAAUCCGUCAACUAUCUUGUCAUGGAUCCGGAUGAAUUCUUCGACUCGGACGACAAUGAGAACCUGAGUGCGUUCUUCGACUCCAACAAUCGACCGAUACACGGGACGCAGCCCCCACAGCCGCGCGCAAUUUUGUCGGACGAUAGACGCGACUUACCGACCCCGAAGUGGAAGUUUACAUUUGUUGGUCUUGGCCUAGCACUCACAAUUUUUAUCGCAGUGCCGCUGCUAGUGCUGCUUAUCACAAGUUACUGCCCCCCGACUGUGGCGAGUAUCGCGCUCAAUUCAAACUUGAACGAGCCCAUUCGUGCCAUCACCACACUCUCGUUCGCUCGCAGCUGA